UUCUACGAAAUCAAUGAGGACUCGGAGUUCUCCACACCGACGGACGUGUCGCUCAGGAAUUUGUUCACAACUUUCCGUAUAAUUAGCGUCAAAGAGAUGACACUAUCGGCGAACCAGGAGUUGAGUGUAUCGGAGCGCAAGCGAAUGGUGUGGACGCCUGACUUUGAUCCCUACGCCAACUACAAGUCGGCCUACGAUCGCAUCGACAACUCAGUGAACGAGAAUUUGACGAGCAGUGAGAGCGAGUAUAAUAUAAACCAGACGUUUAUAAUCACUUUGAAACCGAUGCAAAUCCGUACGUUUCUGUUGAGAGUGGAGUCCCGACGUAACUGUCCCUACACUGGCUUUAAUGUGCCCCGAAAGCAAAGGAACAGGUUCAGUUCAAACGGUUUAGACUGCUGAGUGAACCGGGAUCUAAAUAAAUAAAUCUCAUAUUAGUUGAAUUACAUUUUUAUGAAUAACUGAUA